AUGGCAACCGAAAGGUACACGAGCUCUCUGGAGCCCUAUUUCCAGAGCCAGGCCUGGCACCCGUUCUCGCAGGCUGCGCUCACGGAACCCAAGGUCUCAUCCAUGACCGUGGUCGUCGAUGACCUUAACGAGUGGGAGGACGUGUGGCGUUAUUGCCAACGCGAGCAUACCGAUCCCGAAUGUGCCGAUGAGGUUGAGGAGGAGGAGACGGACCUGGACACCCAUUGGGGGUUCUCCCCGACUAUGAUCCCGCUUAUGACGAAGACGGACCAUUGCAUUUACUGA